UUUGCCUCAUCAACGACCAGACAUGUAUCUUCCCGUGCUGUGUCUCUUGUUUUGCGUUGGCCUUGCGUUCGCCCAGCACAAUCAAUACGUGACCACGCCGGUGCCCAUUUUGAAGCAAAUCAACAAACACAACGAAGAUGGCAGCUACAGUUACGGAUACGAAGCAGCAGACGGUUCUUACAAAAUCGAGUCAAAAUACCCGACCGGUGAAGUAUACGGAAAAUACGGAUUCGUGGAUGACACCGGAAACGUUCGAGAAGUGGAAUAUGGAGCAUCCAGGCGUGGUUUCGAGCCAGCUGGUCCUGGAAUAAACGUGCCUCCUCCAACCCUAACCGGCAAUAGCAUUGCUAACCCAAACGCACCUGAGGACGACGGUCAAUAUAGGGAGGAUCCUUCUGUUUACUAUACUGAUCCUCGGUACACGAAUGGAGAACGUUAUGAUCCGGCUCCUCGUCAACCUUUGACCUACAAUCCACCGAAACCUCUUCCGGCGCCGAUUUACAACCCUCCAAGGCCUCCACCACAAGUGCAAUACCAGCCAAAGCCGCAAUACCAGCCAGAAUAUCGACCACAAUAUCGAUCGCAGUAUCAACCGCAAUAUCAGGGCCAGCAGCAGUCAUAUCCUAGCGCGCCGAUUCAAAGUGGUCUGCAAGGUCGUCCAGCACCCGUGGAUCCCAACGCUGGUUUAGCCUCUUACACGGUUAAUUACAGGCGAUAGAGAUCCUUUGAUCAUGCUCCAAUGUGUAAAUAAUGAGUUAUUUAUAACGAUUUUCGGAUGCGUUGCAUAGAUUAUAGUUAGGGCCAGUUUUUAUUCAACCAUGACUGCCACGUUAACCACAUUUUGGUGACGCUUAAAUUUUCAUCCCAUUUUCAUUCCAAUUGUUCAUUGAACUAGUUUGAAGUAUUCGUAUCAGCUACUUAAAACUGCGAAUGGUAUAACAAAAUAUUAGACAAGGUUUAUUAAAAGUGAAAAUAAAUCAAAUUUUCAACUGCUUCAGUACGGUAGUCAAAUUUAAUUUUCAUAUCGAAAUGAUCUGUUUUCAAAGUUGAAGCGGCCCUGUACGGUUUAAAGUAUUACAGUUUUCAUUUUUAGGGACAGUUAAUGUUUAAAGGAUAGAAGGAAUUUUAAUCGAAUGUGUGAUGUUUGUUGUUCAAUAUAUCGAAUGAUAAAAUUGUUAGUGGUUUUAGCGUUCAUAUGUUGGGUUUCGAUCUCUCCAAAUCCAAGUUAUUGACUUCGACCAUGAUAGUAUUCCUUUUAGAAUUUUACUGAAAAGAAUUAUAAAAGGUAUUAUAGUUUAUAUCACAAUGUUGCAAAUAUGUUAACACUAAUGUUUUUAUUAUUCAAAGUACCAAAUACUUCACAUUGCUUGGUUUCAAGUAUUUUUUCUGUUACAAACAAGUUUACUGCACAUAUUUCUCCUUUAAAUGUUAACCAGUUAGACAUAAUGUCGAUCAUGCACUGAGAACAUUUCACUUAAUUUUACUUUCAACUUCAUGGAUUUUAUUAGAAUUCCUGUUCGUAGUCUUCGCUUUUCUCCGUAACUUGUACAAUUAGUAGCAAGUUAUUCACAUAAAUUUGCUUAUUAUUAGUAUAUUAGUGGUUUGAAGAUGAAGUUACAAGGUGCAUAUAACUUUCUGACAAUUUUCAGUCCCAACUGUAUUCACGUAUAAGAUCUUAGCUCUGCACGUUUUCCGUAAUUCUGACCUUUCUUCCUUUUUGAACACAUUGCGACGCUACUAUGAUUCCUCUGCGAAAUUCUACCUCUUCAUCUUUCUACCUCUUCUCUUACCAGUUCUGUUUGCUCUUCUACCUCUUAAGACUUCCACGAUUUAGUUACAUUCACACUUUUCAUUGUUUACACUAUCAUUACACGUUUCCUACCCUCUUACGUUCACGUGUACAGAUGUUAACCCACGAGUUGG